UUCCUUUCAGAUUUCAAUAAGGAGAAGAAAGCUAGGUAGAAGAAAGUAAAAAUUAACUAAUCCAGUAUUAUUGGUUUCUUGCAAAAGUAUCCAAAGAUUUUUUAUUUUAUUUUAAUCCAGUGGAUGACGUGGACCAAUCAGCUUCGAGAUUCCCAACCUACCAGUACCAGCUUCAGAGACUUCACUCAGUCCCUCCCUCCCUUCUUCUUCUCCUCCAAUUUCUCAGCAACCAAACACUCCUGUCUCUCCCCACUGACCGCAACCAUGGCAGCCGCCGCAGCAAUCUUCCUCUUCCUCCUAAUCUCCUCCGCCGCCGCGGCGCCAGAACCCCGCCCCCAAACCUUCAUCGUCCACGUGUCCCAAUCCCACAAGCCGGCCCUCUUCUCCUCCCACCGCGACUGGUACGCCUCCAUCCUCCCCCACCCUUCCGCCCUCCUCUACACCUACUCCCACGCCGCCGCCGGCUUCUCCGCCUCCCUCACCGCCGACCAAGCCUCCCGCCUCCUCCGCACCCCGGGGAUCCUCUCCGUCGUCCCCGACCAGAUCCGCCACCUCCACACCACCCACACCCCUUCCUUCCUCGGCCUCUCCCCCUCCUCCCCACUCUCCCUCAACUCCGCCAACGGCGACGGCGUCAUCAUCGGCGUCCUCGACACCGGGAUCUGGCCCCUCCACCCCAGCUUCGACGACGCCGCCUUCCCCGCCGCCGCCGACAAAAUCCCUGCCAAGUGGCGCGGAGUCUGCGAGUCCGGCAAGGAUUUCCCUGCCGCUGCUUGUAAUCGAAAGCUGAUCGGAGCCAGAGCAUUUUACAAAGGAUACGAGAGCUACAGGGGAAGGCCGAUCGACGAGACGAAGGAAUCGAAAUCUCCGAAAGAUACGGAAGGGCACGGCACCCACACGGCGUCGACGGCCGGCGGAUCCGUCGUGACGAACGCCAGCCUGUUCGGCUACGCCGCCGGCGACGCGCGGGGGCUGGCGCCGAGCGCGUGGGUCGCCGCCUACAAGAUCUGCUGGUCGCCGGGAUGCUUCGAUUCCGACAUCCUCGCCGCGUUUGACCAGGCCGUUGACGACGGGGUCGACGUCAUCUCCCUCUCCGUCGGAGGAAGCUACCCGCCUCCAUACGACAGCGAUUCGAUCGCCAUCGGAGCUUUCGCGGCUGCGAAAAAAGGGAUCGUCGUCUCCUGCUCGGCGGGGAAUUCCGGGCCAGGAGCUUACACGGCGACGAACAUCGCUCCGUGGAUCUUGACCGUCGGCGCGUCUACCGUUGACCGUGAUUUCCCUGCCGAUGUUGUGCUCGGAGAUGGAAGCGUGCACCGCGGAGUUUCGCUUUACGGUGGGGAUGGUCUGCCGGAGGGGGAACUUUUGCCUCUGGUUUACAGCGCCGAUUGCGGGAGCAGGUACUGCUAUUCCGGCAACCUCGACCCGGCGAAGGUGAAAGGCAAGAUCGUGCUCUGCGAUCGCGGCGGGAACGCGAGGGUCGAGAAAGGAGCGUCGGUGAAGCUCGCCGGCGGUGCUGGGAUGAUAAUGGCGAACACUGAUUUAGAAGGAGACGAGCUUCUCGCCGACGCUCAUCUCAUUCCCGCCACCAUGGUGGGAGCGACGGAAGGGGACAAAAUCCGCGCCUACAUUCAAUCCGCCGCAUCUCCCUCUGCCACCAUCCAAUUCAGGGGAACUGUGAUCGGAGAAGACACCCCGCCUGCUCCUAAAGUGGCAUCGUUUUCCAGCCGGGGACCGAACAGGGUCACGCCGGAGAUCCUCAAACCGGAUGUCAUCGCUCCCGGCGUCAACAUUUUGGCUGGCUGGACCGGCGCCGCUGCACCAUCGGACUUGGAAAUUGAUCCCAGAAGAGUUACAUUCAACAUCAUUUCAGGUACUUCAAUGUCCUGCCCACAUGUUAGCGGCCUAGCCGCAUUGCUCAAGGGAGCACACCCCGAUUGGUCUCCGGCAGCAAUUAAAUCGGCUAUGAUCACGACGGCGACAACAUUCGACAACUCCGGGGAGAACAUCAACGAUCUGGCCACUGGCAAAGGGACGACUCCGUUUGUUUACGGUGCAGGGCAUGUUGUUCCUAAUGCCGCUGUGAGCCCGGGGCUGGUUUACGACCUCAACACGACAGACUACGUCUCGUUCCUCUGCUCGAGCGGGUACAGUGCCUCGAGGAUCGCGGUGAUCUUCGGCGAGCCCAUUGCGUCGGACGUCUGCGAGCAUGCACCGGCGCUGACCGCCGGUCCGGGGGACCUGAACUACCCGUCGUUCUCCGUGGUGUUCAAGCCCAAAUCGGAUGUGGUCACGUACAAGAGGGUGGUGAAGAAUGUUGGGAGCUCGGUGGAUGCGGUCUACGAGAUCAAAGUGAAUGCUCCGGUGAACGUGGAUGUCCAGGUCUCGCCCACGAAGCUCGUGUUUAGCAAGGAGAGCUCGUCUUUGGCGUAUGAGAUUACGUUCUCGAGCUCUGUUGUGGGUUUCGAUAAUGGUGCUGCGAGUCAGAGCUUCGGGUUCGUGGAGUGGAGCGAUGGAGUGCAUAAGGUGAGGAGUCCUAUUGCUGUGCAAUGGAGGCAGGGAGGUUCUGUGGAGUCUAUUUGAAGGGGCAUGCCAUUAUCUAUCAUCAAGGUUUUUUGCUUUAGGUUUCUGCCUGGUGCAGUGGUUGGAUUAUAAUAGGACGCUUUCUUUUUUUUUUGCUUGUCCUACGUCGGUGGAUUAAUUGCCUCUGGUUUUCUCCAUUGAUUGUGGAGGAAAGAAUGUACAUAUGUACCAUCUCAAACUCGAUGUUGUGGAUCAUAUGAUGCUAACUCUACGGGGUUUAGCAAGCUUGGUUGAGAAUGAAAUUGCAACAAAUUAACUCCACAGACUUUCAUCCUCUGUUAUUCUAACGGGAUCUAAUGUUAGACUGAAAAAGUUAGUGGUUAAUCGUUAUGAAACUAUUAGUUAAC